UAUCCUUAUAUCACGGGGUCCUUCAGGGCAGUCGAUGGCUAAAGUAGCGAAGUGACUUUGAACAGCUGACAGUGGACUGGACAUGGAGCUACGCAGCUUCAUGGCCUGAUUACACUUUAUACUUUAUUUACCCAAACGAAAACAUGAACUUCAUCAGGUCUCGCCUUUCCAUCGGCAGCUUCAUGGGCCAGAGGUGCCGACAGGUGACUGAAACAUGGAGCCACAGAGGGAUGUGCAAUAAACCACAGGAGACCAAAGUAGAGCCUCCGCCUGCACCCGCAGCACCCCCAGCACCCCCAGCACCUGUUCCUCGUGCUGGGUUCAGACUCCCAGGCUACAGACCCUCUGAUUUGGACAAGAAGAUUCUGAUCUGGUCUGGACGGUUUAAGUCAGCAGACCAGAUACCAGAGCUUGUGUCGUUCGAGACGCUUGAUGGUGCCAGAAACAAAGUCAGAGUGAAGGUCUGCUAUAUAAUGAUGGGGGCAACGAUAGCAGCCUGUCUGGUGAUGGUUUUCCUGGGCAAACGGGCUGCCGGCAGACACGAGUCCCUGACCGGACAAAACAUGGAGAAGAAAGCCCGAUGGAGGGAGGAGAUGCUGAAAGAGAGGGAGGCUGCUCUCGCUUUGUCUGGGAAGGCUCAGUGAUGGAGGACAAACACACAACUGUGUCAUUUUCCCCUACAAAUACAAGGCCUAUAGUGUUCCAGAUCUCGCUGUAUUCAUCCCUUCAGAGCUCCUCACUCCCAUCCUGGAGAGCAGUUUGUAGAUGUCAACCACAAGUUUGUAUGGUUGAAUAAAUAUAAAAGCCCAAAUGUAAGGUUUGAAGUUUCAGUGAAUGUUUGGAGGUUUUAAAUCAGUAACAUUUAGUCACUGACGUACAGCGGAAACCUGAACAGGAUGUAAAUUGGGACUGUACUAACUCUGUUACUCAGCACACAUUAAAAUGCUAGAAAUCCAUCCAUGCCUCUCCAGCUGCCUAGGGUAGCCCUCGUUUUAAAUCAGCCUCAGAGGCAAUCAGCUAGCAAGGGUUUAAAACCAUCUCCAACUUUCUGUAAGUGAGUCAGGUUAUCUGUCCUGAUAGGCGGGACGUUAAGAUGGUUUGUUGGUGGAUUAAGUGACAUUGAUUUUGUACAUAAUGAGCACCAAAAGGAUCACUUCAAUAAAGUAAUGCUUAUCCACA